ACAGUGUUUCCCACUCACCGCCAACCGAAGCUGUUGGGACCGGGUGAGGAGGAGACGAGAGCCUGAAGAAGCAGAAAGAGAGAGAGAAAGUACAGAGAAAGACGAGAAGUAUUUCAGGUUUUGCCUCCAUGUUCCUGCUGGAUUGUUGUCCAUUCCUGAGCUGUUGAGCUUCUUCUUUUCCACUCGACGGCCCGUACCAGUUCCCACGUUGAGCCUGCUGCGAGGCAGGGGAGCCACCAGCACAUCGUCAUGGCAGCGGCACUCUAGGGCUGCCAUGGCAGCUGCUGCCGCUGAUGCCUCACAACGUAUUACCACACUGACACCGGAGGAAGAGGGACGACGGACUGCCGCCAAGCUGUACGGGAGCGCCGCCCCGCUGCCACGGAUAGAGAGAGAGAGAGAGCGAGAGAGGGAGCGAGAGAGGGAGAGAGAGAGGGAAGGAGAAGGAGAAGACGUAGGGAAGGCGAGUGGGAACGAGUGUUUGGUGUGCGGGGCUCUGUUCGCCUCCAAGGAGAAGCUCCGCCUCCACGCCUUGAGUCACACGGGAGAGAAACCCUUCCACUGCUCCCAGCCACACUGUCCCAAGGCCUUCAGCUCCAAAUACAAACUCUUCAGGCAUAUGGCCACACACUCUCCACAGAAGACCCACCAGUGUUCGUUCUGUGAGAAAAUGUUCCACCGCAAAGAUCACCUGAAGAACCACCUGCAGACCCAUGACCCCAACAAGGAGGCCUUCAAGUGUGAGGAGUGUGGGAAGCACUACAACACCAAGCUGGGAUACAAGCGCCAUGUGGCCAUGCACUCUGCCACGGCGGGGGACCUCACCUGUAAGGUGUGCAUGCAGAGCUACGAGAGCACGCCGGUGCUGCUGGAGCACCUGAAGAGCCACUCGGGGAAGUCUUCAGGGGGAACCAAGGAGAAGAAACACCCGUGUGACCACUGCGACCGCCGUUUCUACACCCGGAAGGACGUGAGGCGCCACAUGGUGGUCCACACGGGCCGCAAGGACUUCCUGUGCCAGUACUGCGCCCAGCGCUUCGGCAGGAAGGACCACCUGACGCGCCACGUGAAGAAGAGCCACUCGCAGGAGCUGCUGAAGAUCAAGACGGAGCCCCCCGACAUGUUGGGUCUGCUGGGGUCGGGGUCCCCGCCCUGCUCCGUGAAGGAGGAGCUCAGCCCCAUGAUGUGUGGCAUGGGGCCCAACAAAGACCCCAUGAUGGGCAAGCCCUUCCCCAGUGGGGCCCCGUUCCCCAUGGGCAUGUACACCCCCCACCACCUGCAGGCCAUGUCUAACUCCGGGGUGGGCCCCCCUCACCCGUCCCUCAUGCCCGGGCCCCUGUCUGCAGCCAUGGGCAUGGGCUGCCACAUGGAGUCCCCUGGGUCUCUGCACCCACACUCCCACCACCACCACCACCAUCACCACCACCACCACCACCACCAUUCCCCCCCGCUGCCCCCCCACCACCAGCCCCUGGCUCCCCAGCAGCAGCACCAGCCCCAGCAGGCCCCCAAGUACCAGCUGGGAUCUACCUCAUACCUGCUGGACAAGCCCUUGAAAGUGGAGAUGGAGAGCUUCCUCAUGGACCUGCAGAGCGGCUCCCCCGGCCCGGCCCCCUCUGCAGAGCCACAUGCUGCUGCCUCGCCCCCCAAGGACGGGCUGGAGCCCACCUCGGGCCUGGUGGAGGAGCUCUGCGGUGGGGACCACCUCCUGUCCAAGAGCCCCGCGGUGAUCGCUGAGUCUCUGUGUGCUGCUAACAUGGACUUCUCCCACCUGCUGGGCUUCCUGCCCCUCAACCUGCCCCCCUACAGCGCCCCCAUGAGCACGGGAGGGCUGGUGAUGGGCUACACCUCGUCAGCGACCCCCUCCUCUUCCUCCUCCUCUUCCUCGUGCUCAUCUCUGCACGCUGCCGAGCCCCACGCUGCAGCUGCCGUCGCCACAGCACCUCUUACCUCUUUGCAACCGCAACCUCAGGAGCCACAGAGCUCCAGUGGGGGUCUGGGCCUCGGACCCCUGCACCCCCUACCACCAGUAUUCAGCUCCAGCCUUAGUACCACCACACUGCCUCGCUUCCACCAGGCCUUCCAGUGAGGCGCCCGGC